UGAAUGGAAUACUUGCAUUUGGUGGAGUGGUUUACCUUCUACAAUUAUGCUCCUUUUUUUAAGGGUGGCGCUGAAAGCCACAUCAUUCUGUGCCUCUCAAGUUUUGUAGCAGAUGUCUUCAUGCGCCAGGAUUCUUAACGUUCUCCCAUAAUUUCGCCUCUGUCAGUCGGUACGGUAUCAGUUUAUUCCAAAAAUAAACUUACUAAACCUACCAUAUUCAGAAUAGUAUAUUAUACAUGCCUGUCUGUUUCAACCUUCAAAUACCCUUCAUCUCCAUGACUUCUUGCACAGUGUUUUUUGAAUACAGCAAAGAUUCAAAUUUGGGAGUUUUUUGUUUCUCAAACUCAAAUUUCAAUUGCCACCUCUUAAACUAGCAAUGGCUGUUCCAGUUUAUGCCAUGGCUGCCACUAUAUUUCUCUCUUUAUUUCUCUUGUAUGAAUACAGAUUGUACCCACAUGAACAUAAUACAUUGGAAGAAUGUAGAGACUGUCAAAAUGGGCAUUCAAGAAGAAGUCUGUUGAGAUUAGAGCCCAGACCAAUCGACAAGAUUCUUCUCCCACAACAAUAUUCUAAAGCAGUUUGGAAUAAAGGCAAAAUCGGGGCAGAGAGUAAAGUUAAAGAAGAAGGAUUGUUAUCAACCAAGUGUGAUAUAUUCUCAGGAAGUUGGGUUAAGGAUGAAAGCUAUCCUGUUUAUGGGUCACAGCAGUUAUGCCCAUAUUUGAGUGCUCAGUACAAUUGCAAAAGCAAUGGAAGACCUGAUUCAGAGUAUCUCAAAUGGAGAUGGCAACCUCAAGAUUGCAACAUACCUAGAUUCAAUGCAAAUGAGAUGCUAGAGAUUCUGAGGGGGAAGAGGCUCAUGUUUGUAGGAGACUCUCUUACUCGCAACCAAUGGGAGUCUAUGGUGUGCAUGCUACAGGCAGUAGUACCAGACUCUGAAAAAGUUGCUUCGCUUGGAUACCCUCUUGCAGCUUUUAAGGCCCUGAAUUACAAUGCCAGUGUUGAGUUCUAUUGGGCUCCAUUUUUAGUUGAUCUGGACAAUGCAUAUGUAGGGAAUGAAUUAAAGAGAGUUCUUCGAAUCGACUCCAUUGAAAACAAUGCAAAUUACUGGAGAGGCGUCGACAUCCUUGUAUUCAAUUCAGCACACUGGUGGGCACACACAGGCACUUUGAGAUCAUGGGACUAUAUACAAUUGGAUGGCAAACUAUAUCAAGACAUGGAUCCAAUGCUUGCCUAUGCAAACGGCUUGGCUACCUGGGCAAACUGGAUAGAUUUCAACAUAAAUUCUCACAGCACACAAGUUUUUUUCACAAGCAUAUCACCCACUCAUAUGAGGAGAUUAAGUGAUGGAAAUGAACAAAUGUGCAUGAAGCAAACAGAGCCUAUCCAGCAGAAUGAGUUGUAUGAUUUGAGCCCAGAAUUUCCUCAGACCAGUGUUGUGGAGGGCAUUCUCCCACAAAUGACAGUGCCAGUUUCAUACUUGAACAUUACCAGACUGUCAGAUUAUCGCAAAGAUGCUCAUCCCUCUGUAUAUACAGAUUCGAAGGAAGAGCAGAGAAGUCAUUCAGAUGCCUAUGCAGAUUGUAGCCAUUGGUGUGUAUCGGGGGUUCCUGAUAUUUGGAAUGAGUUGCUCUUUUCCUUGCUACAAAGAUUGUAGUUUUUUCAGCAAGGUUCCAUGUAAUGGGCCUAAAUUUUUAAAUAAUUU